AUGAAGAUCUUCACUGCUGAAAUAGCGCUACUAGCGUGUUUAGUUCUUGGGGCAAGGAACGGAUCCAGCAUCCUGCUAACGGAGGAUUGCGGCACCGCCAAGCACCCAUCGAGAGUUCGGCGGGUAGUUGGGGGUGAAGAUGCCAACAGGUUCGCCAAUCCCUGGAUGGUCUUGGUGCUCGGUCAAUUCGGAGAUUUCAUCUGUGGCGGUUCGCUCAUCACCCGUCUUUUUGUACUGACUUCUGCGAGUUGCCUAAUGUCGCCGCCCAAACAAGUGGUCUUGGGCGAAUACAACAGAAACUGCACUACUGCGGAUUGCAUUUCCAGUCGCCAAGUGAUUGACGUCGAUUCCCGGUUUAUUCAUGAUGAAUUCAAUAUGACUAGCGUAGACAAAAAAUAUGACAUUGGUCUUAUUCGGUUGGCAAGGAAGGUGUUGAUCUCAGACCAUGUCAGGCCGAUUUGCCUGUCCGUUGAUCGUCGAGUGGGACGUACUGCUCGAUACCUCACUGCCACCGGUUGGGGCGGAACAUAUUUCACCGAAAGAAGCAACAUUCUACAAAAAGUCACUCUGAUGAAGCUCGAUAGAAGGUCUUGCACGGGCCUGUUUAGGAUUAAACUCGAUGCAUCCCAGUUAUGCGUUGGCGGUUUACACAGAGACACUUGUUUUGGGGAUUCUGGAGGCCCGUUGACCGCAAAGUCUCAUAUGGAUGGUAGGGAACAUGGGAAUAGAAAAUCUCGGACUUUCCUGGUCGGCAUGGUUAGCUUUGGAUCUCGAUCUUGCAGUGGAGUCGGCGUUUACACAAAUGUCGAGCACUAUAUGGAUUGGAUUGUAAAUGCCAUUUCCAAAAGCAAUAUGUAUUCAUCGCAAGACCACCAUUUGCGGGAGUCAACUUCACAAUCAACUAGUGUAACCAACUAAUUCCUUUAAAUUG